AUGGCCACGGUUCUCGGAAAACGAAAAGUUCGUCCACGGAAAGAGGAAUCUUCAAUAAAUCAAGAGGAUGCUCAAGCAAUCUUCAGGCGGCACUUCGAAGCGCAGUUCGCGCCGUUAGAACAAACUCAACCAAUUCCAAGAACAGUACAGGCUUCUGAGCUUGAAGAUCUGCGAUCUGAUUCAGACGACGCCUCGGACGGCUCUUGGGAUGGAUUAUCUGGCGAGGGGUCGGAUGACGAGCUGGAAAAUUCAUCUCCCAGCACUUCGGUAGCCGAAAUCGUUGAAGUAGUCUCACAUACAAACGUGCUUCCAGCGCUCUCUAACGACCCUCUAUCAAAACGAGAGAGUAAAGCAUAUCUUUCCUCGCGAAUUCCAUCAUCAUUGCUGGACUCAUCAUCAUCUACAACAAUCUCAACAAAGAAACGCAAAACGACUACGGAUGAGGAUGCCCCAUCACUCCUAAAGAACGAUUUAGCAUUGCAGCGUCUAUUAUCAGAAUCGCACCUGUUCUCAAAAUCCGGACAUAAUGAGGGUAGCACAGAACAUGCGGGUCGCAAUCGCCACAUAGCAACAGACAUACGAUUAUCAUCUUUGGGUUCGAAAGCCAGCAUAUAUAAGCAACAGAAAAUGCCUAUGGCGCAUCGAAAGGGGAUAACAGCGGCGGCAACAUCUCGAGAGUCUAAGAGGCGAAAGGAGGCGCGUGAAAAUGGAAUUAUUCUUGAACGACCCAUAAGUGGAGCUAGCAAAGGAAACACAAAGAUGAGAAGGAGGGAAAAGGCUGUCGAUGCGCCAGCAGUAGGGAGAUUGAGAAAUGGGAUGUUAAAGCUAAGCCAGAAAGAUAUCACUGAAAUUCAGGGUCACGAUAGAAGAUCAGGUGGUAAGGGUGGUGGGAAGAGGAGACGAAGGUGACGAGGAGUGUAAAGGUUAACCGAUAUAAAUCAAUAAUGAAGUGUAAGAUGACUCAACUUUCGUCCUCCCUAUAAUAUAUAGCUGCCAGGCGACCACAUUCACGAUUAGCACCACCAGUACCUAAACUCCUACACACUAUUUCUAGCGGCUCGUUCAGUCCGUCGUUCACAUAUCACAAACCUAACUCUAACAACAUUUCCACAUACACUUUCAUUCCCCUUCACACGACGUGAAGUCAGGACAUUCUUUUGAACCCAUCAUCACUUAACCCGCACACGCACAUCUACGCACACAUACAUCUACG